AAAUGUCUUCUAUCUGUUCCCUUGCAGCCCUUGCUGGGAGUGAAUGAGAUGCCGUGUCGAGGCUAGAGGCAGCGGUGGACUGUUCCCGAGUCAGUGGAAAGCCCCUCUAGAUGAGCCAGUCACAGCCACCCAGCUGCACGGUAAAGGAAUAAGGAUUUAAUAUGUCAACAGAGGCCGAGCUCCAGCCUGCUGCCAGACCCAGCGUCAGAAAGGAUUCCAAGAAGAGAGGGCAGGACCGCAGUGAAGCAGCUCUGAUAAAGCGUUUUAAGGGGGAUGGAGUUCGCUACAAGGCCAAGCUCAUUGGGAUAGAUGAGGUCACUGCUGCAAGAGGAGACAAACUCUGUCAGGACUCAAUGAUGAAACUCAAGGGAAUCGCAGCCUCUGCACGGUCUAAAGGAGAACACAAACAGAAAGUUUUUCUCACUGUGUCCUUUGGAGGGAUCAAGAUCUUCGAUGAGAAGUCAGGGGUGAUAAAUCAUCAUCACCUGAGGCAUGAAAUUUCCUACAUUGCGAAAGAUAUCACGGACCACCGAGCCUUUGGUUAUGUGUGUGGGAAAGAGGGAAACCAUCGAUUUGUGGCCAUCAAAACAGCUCAGUCUGCUGAGCCUGUGAUCCUUGACCUCCGUGACCUUUUCCAGUUGAUUUAUGAGAUUAAGCAGAGAGAGGAAAUCGAGAAGAAAGCUCAGAAGGACAAGCAGUGCGAACAAGCUGUUUAUCAGACCAUUUUGGAGGAAGAUGUGGAGGAUCCCGUGUAUCAGUACAUUGUAUUUGAGGCGGGACACGAGCCCAUCCGUGACCAAUCAGAGGAGAGCAUAUAUCAGGUCCCUACCAGCCAACAAAAGGAGGGAGUUUAUGACGUCCCAAAGCGACAUCCAAACAAACAUAACGAACAAGUCGAUCUCUUGGAUCUAGACACUGACCUGUUGCUGGUCACCCAGAAUAUCAACCAGUUAGAGCUUUUUGGAGACAUGUCUACCCCUCCUGAUAUCACGUCCCCCUCAACCCCAGCAUCUCCAGCUAGUACUCUGGACCCCACGCUGGCCCACCAGACUCCAUCUGAACUGUUCACCCCCUUUAACCCCGCCUCUGUACCCUCAGGUUAUGUGACAAUGGGAGCCGUGCCACCUGCAUGGGCACAGCAACAGUUCGCCGCUCAGGCUCCAUUAGCGUUUGGUGUCCAGUCUCCAGUGCCCGUCGCACAGGUCUUACCAGGUGCUCAGCCUCUGAUCUGGGGUCAAGCCAACCUUUUCCCUGCCACCCAGCAACAGUGGGCCGCGAUGGCAGGGGCUCACUUUUCGCCUGCUGCUUUCAUGCCUGCCCAGACAGUAGGGCCGCUUCCUGCUGCCAUGUUUCAGACACUGGCUCCCAUGGCGGUGUCCUGCGAGACGCCCGCGGCAGCUAUGGGUGGAGCCGUUGCAGGAACCUCGGCCUCCACGGCCUCUAGUCCGCAACAUGGUGAACGCACGCUGCAGAGACAGGCAAAAAUGAGUAAGGAGAUGUUUAAGGACUUCCAGAUGGCAAAGCCGCCCACCAUGCCUGCCAGGAAAAGCGAGCAGCCUAGUCUGUCCUGCACCACAGACGCUUUCUCCAGCUACUUCAGCAAAGUGGGAAUGGCACAAGACACGGAUGACUGCGACGACUUCGACAUCUCACAAAUGAACCUCACGCCUGUCACUUCCACCACGCCCUCCACCAACUCACCACCCACCCCGGCCCCCCGGCAGAGUUCUCCAUCAAAGUCCUCAUCCCACGCCAGUGACCCGCCCACCGAUGACUCUUUUGGUGAGGCAGAGGGCAGCCCUAGUCGGAGCGGAGAGGAGGAUGCUGCUGGAGACUCCCAGCAGUCUCCGGGUGCGAGUGAGCCUCAAGCAGAGCCUGAGAGCUCAGAGACGGACAGUCCUCAGGGGAAGGACCCUCUUUAUGCCCAGAUCAACAAGGGGAAAGUGAAGGAUCAUGGGAACUCUGCACAGACGUGAUCAGUGCUGGGGGGAGCAGGAGACCAAAAUACUGGAGAUCAACCGUCUGCCCUGUGUGUGUGUGUGUGUGUGUGUGUGUGUGUGUGUGCAUCCCUCCGUGUGUAUGCGUAUGAGAGAGAGCGCGUGUGCCUGUAUGUGUCUGUGUUUGUAUGAUAACGGUCUCUCCAGCCUCAACGGUCCACUUCUCCAAGCAGCCAUCUCACUAGAGUCAGUCCCGUCCCCCUCACAACUUCCUCCGUUACUCCCCUCCGCAAGGAACGAGAGGGACAGACUCUCUCCAUACCACUUUGUUUCUUUUUCACUGUGUUUUCUGCACAUGACAGUGGGGCAUUGUGGGUGAUUUCAAGCCUUAUGAGCCCAGCUCUGCAGCUUCAUUCAUUCUCUUCGUCCUGCUUCCAGUUUCGGACUCUCUAUAGAGAACGCAUUACGUCAGCCCCCCGAUCACGCACCCGACCGAGCGCCUGAGCGCCAUCAGACCACCGGAUCCAUCUGUGACUUAUGCGAUUCAUCCAUUUGGGUUCGUUUGGUUUUCCUCUCCCACAUAUUUGAGAUUCUGCUGCUAGAAAGCUAUGCAGAGCUAAAAACAACAACAACAACAAAAUCACGAAACAUUUUCUUUCUCCAUGGACCCUUCGGAUGGAGAACAGACAUGAGGAGUGACUUUUGCCAGAUCUAAGAUUUCAGAGCAGCUGAAUCUGAUUGGGGAACUCGAGGGUACGAACACUGCAAACACAUGCGAUCAAACUGUUCCUUCUCUAUAGCUUUUGUACUAUACUAAUGAGAAAAAACUAAAACAUGAAGUUGAAAUGGAAUUUUUAUUUUAUAAGUCAAGUGGAGCCCUUGAAGUCAACUUUAGAUGUGUUUUAGGGGUAAACAUGGCUUUAAAAUCUGAUCGUUGGUUUGCCAAACUGAUUUUGUAAAUAAUAAUUAUUAUUAUUAUUGAUAAUAAUAAUGACAGUGACGGUGAUGACGACAAAUAAUAAUGAUGAUAAUACUAAUGGUUCCGAUUAUACAGUGUUAAUUCCAUCCUGUGGACUUCCGUGCCAUAAAAUAGGCUGGCCUUAGUGAUGCAAACUCCUCAUGAAACCCAAGCAAUAUUAACAUGUGUCCUAAACUCCCAGCGGUUUAUGUUGCUUUCUCGCGAUCAAAGCGUGUCGUCUGUCUUUUGAUUUCAGCAGGAUGUGUGUUUUUAAGUGGCCUGAAACAAACCCGAGAGACUGUUAUUAUGUUUUUAAUGCCUGAAAGGGUCCAUUGGUAAAUAGUCUGUGUCACAUUUGUGUGAUCUCCUUUGGUUUGUUGUCAAGAUGAAGCUGGUAACUGUGAUGGAGGAAGACCUGAGCUUCUCAACGUGCAUGUUAAUGCAGCAAUCACAAGUAUGGAUGUAUAUGAUCAUACAGACAUACAUCUUCAUGCAGACACACAUUCACAGAGUCAAUAUGACAUCAAAAUGGGCCCUGUUUACUUUUUUAAUACACCUUUCUGCACAUUUAUCAGUACAUGUUAGUCCAAAGAAAAAAUGUCUUCUUAUUCUGUCCUCAAAGUGUUAAACUUCCAUUUUGAUUAACAUACCCAAGCUCAAACAUGCAGCUUUUAUAAUCCUGACAUUGAAACCGGUUAACUAGAUUUGAAAAAUAUUGUUACAAUUGGCUCCAAUCUGACAUGUAAUACCCGCUUUUCACAAUUCACUCAAUUCCUAAUGUGAAGUCCUGCCUUGUUGUAUCUUGUUGAAUAUCCUGUUUUACUGAGAAAUAUGUCACAAACUAAAAUGGGUUGCGAAGGCCGUUUCAUGUCGACUUUGGUCCGUCUGAUCGCAUUAAAACACACCAGAAUAACUGUCUGUAAUCCAACCUCCAAUCAGAGAAAAUCACCAUGAAUGACAUCUGUUUUCAUUGCAUCUGAAAAGCUCAGAGCAUUCCAUUACUGUGACGACAUCUUCCUCCUAUCUUAUGGCCAGAGUCCCAUUUUAAUUUCCAAUAAAAGCAGUUUUGGACCUUCGAGAUCUAAAUUUUGAGAAUUAAGAAGAUGAGGGUGAAAAUCAAGGUGAAUGGGAGUCCUUACAAUAUCAGUACAUUUCUAUUUUGCCUUUACCUCAGCUAAUAGUUUGGUAAUGUAAAAGGACACGUUAUUUUUAUCUUGAUGAUAAUGACAUUCUACAGUGGAUUUUUAGAGCAUUUUUUUUUCUUUUCUCUUGAUUUACGUAAUCCACCAUGUAAUACUGUUACCAAUAAACACAUCCCAAAAUGUU